AUGGCGGAAAAGAGUGGAAGAGAGAGAGAGAGAGAGCAGCGAAAUGAUCAGCGUGAAGGCGGAGGUGGAGCCGGAGAUGGAGCGGCUUCCGGUGUGGAGACGGAGAUGGAGCGGCUUCCGGUGGACCUCCUCGCCCACAUCUUCUCCCUCAUCUCAUCCUUCACAGAUUUGGGGCAUGCAAGCGGGGUUUGCCGGAAAUGGAAGGCGGGUGUGGAGCAGUCGUUUGCGAGGAAGGAGAGGCUCAGCUUCGCCGGCUGCAAGGUAGACGAUAGCUCCGCCGCCCGGCUCGUCCAAGCUUCUUAUAACCUCAGGGAGCUCGACAUCUCUCGGAGUUGCUGGGGUUGCCAGAUAACUGAUGAAGGACUGUACAUGAUAUCUUCUGCUAAGUGUAUCAACAAUUUGAUGUCCAUUUCUCUGUGGGGCAUGGUCGGAAUCACUGAUAAUGGUGUUGUUCAGUUGGUCUCAAAGGCUACAUCAUUGCAGCAUCUGAACAUUGGUGGCACAUUUAUAACAGAUGAAUCUUUAUUUGCAAUAGCCAAUAGCUGCCCUCACUUGAAGUCAAUUGUACUAUGGAGUUGCCGCCAUGUUACCGAGAACGGCCUCUUUGCGCUUGUAUACAAAUGCUGCAAACUCGAGUCAAUCAAUGUAUGGGGGAUGAGGGUACCGGUCGACUGCUUUGUUGGCCUCCUUUCCAUCAGCCCUGCUCUGCAGAUUAAACCUUUAUACCUGCCUGCUGCUGAUGCACUACCAGUAUCCUAAGCUUCUCUAAGCUUUAAUAUCAUAUGUAUGUUGUAUUGUCAAUGUUAGUUUGAAUUCAUUUGGAUGUUGCAUGUUUGUAAAUAAAUGUUUUUAUUGAUUGGAUGUUGAAUAUUUGUAUAUAUAUGUUUUUGUUGAUUGGGAUCA